CUCAGUGUUCUUGUGUCUCCGUGUCUGUGUGUCCUGCAGGAUGGCAGCAGCAGCAGCAGCAGCAGCAGCAUUCUUCAAAUAUCUGCUCUCCAUUAAGAACGAGCUGAUCCUCUUCUGUGCUCCGUUUCUUCUUCUUCCUCUGCCUCUCGUCAUCGGGACUCCGGAAGCAGAAUGUGCUUAUGUGAUCGUCCUGAUGGCCGUGUACUGGUGCACCGAGGUUCUUCCUCUGGCCGUCACCGCCCUCCUGCCCGCGCUCCUGUUCCCUCUGUUUGGCAUCAUGCAGUCUAAAGACGUGUGUAUGCAGUACCUGAAGGACACAAACCUGCUCUUUGUUGGGGGGCUGAUGGUCGCCGUCGCGGUGGAGCACUGGAACCUUCACAAGCGCAUUGCUCUGAGGGUGCUGCUGUUUGUCGGCGUGCGUCCAGCGCUUUUGAUGUUGGGUUUUAUGGGCGUGACGGCCUUCUUGUCCAUGUGGAUCAGUAACACGGCCACCACGGCCAUGAUGGUGCCCAUCGUCCAGGCCGUGCUGGAGCAGCUGAGCAACAGCGAGGCGGAGGUUCCUCAGAUCCUCAGCACGGACGAGCAGCUGCAGACAGCAGAGGGCGACGGCAAGCAACCGCCACUCACCGAGAAACAGAGCGAGGGGCAAGGCCAAGUGGUGGUGACUUUCUUAGACACCGCAGUGGAGGCCGCCAAACAGAAGGAGGCAGCAGAGAGGCAGAGGAUGUGCAAAGGCAUGACCCUCUGUAUCUGCUACGCUGCUAGCAUCGGAGGAACCGCCACACUCACGGGAACUGGACCCAAUCUGGUGCUGAAAGGCCAAAUGAACCAACUGUUUCCUGAGAAUGGUGACGUGAUAAACUUUGCCUCCUGGUUCGGCUUUGCCUUCCCCAACAUGAUCCUCAUGCUCACGCUGGCCUGGCUCUGGCUGCAGUUUGUCUUCAUGGGAUUUAACUUUAAGAAGACGUGGGGCUGUGGAGCUGUGAAGACAGAGAAGGACAUCGCCGCCUAUAACGUGAUCCGUCAGGAGCAUCGUCUGCUCGGGCCCAUGUCCUUCGGUGAGAUCAGUGUCCUGGGUCUCUUCAUUCUGCUGGUGGUCUUGUGGUUCACCAGGGACCCGGGCUUCGUCGACGGCUGGGCGACGUAUCUCUUCAACUCCCAAGCAGAGUACGUGACAGAUGCCACCGUGGCCAUCUUCAUCGCCGUGCUCCUCUUCGUCCUGCCCUCAAAGGCUCCAGGUUUCUGCUCACGGAGGAAUCGCAGUUUUGACACAGUUCCUCAUGAGAGCGUUGGGCCGACUCCGCCUCUGCUCACGUGGAAAGUCGUGCAGAAGAAGUUACCGUGGGGCAUCGUUCUCCUGCUCGGAGGAGGUUUCGCUCUGGCCAAAGGCAGCGAAGUUUCGGGACUCUCGAUGUGGAUGGGCGAUCAAAUGACUCCUCUGAAAACCAUCCCUCCCUGGGCAAUUGCUAUCAUUUUGUGUCUGCUGAUUGCUACCUUCACUGAGUGCACGAGUAACGUCGCCACGGCGACGCUCUUCCUACCUGUCCUAGCCUCAAUGUCUCAGUCCAUCGGCAUGAACCCGCUCUACGUCAUGGUGCCGUGUACGCUGAGCGCCUCGUUCGCCUUCAUGCUGCCUGUGGCCACGCCGCCCAACGCCAUCGUCUUCUCGUACGGAUACCUCAAGGUCUCUGACAUGGCCAGAACAGGAAUAGUCAUGAACAUCAUCGGGAUCCUGUGCAUCACGCUGGCCAUUAACAGCUGGGGCAGAGCCAUGUUUGAGCUGGAUUCGUUCCCCACCUGGGCCAACGUGACGGGUGUGUGAGCCUGGUUCCACCUGAGGAGAUGAUCCAUGCACAGCUGGCCUCCCACCAGGCUCCUCCCACCAAUCCUCCCACACACGAGAAACAACGGCAGCGUGCGGCGGCGCAGUGCGUCGCACCGCUGUGAGGACACGGGCCACACGAGGCUGCUUUUCUUUGACUGGUUGCUUGUGAAAGAACGAGGUGAUUAUUACGAGAAGAGAGAGAGAAAGCAGUUUAAAACUUUAACUUUAAUGUUUUUUUACUCAUGUACUGCAACAAAACUACACUCUAGAGCCAUGGUAACACUUUUCUAUAAGAGUAUGUUACUUCAUAGUUAGUAAAUUUCAGGUUAAUAAAGGUAAUUAACAGUUAAUAAUGUUAUUUAAUGUACUGUUAUUGUAAAGUGUUACCCAAAGAUCCCUUAUAUGAAUUAAAUAUGAGUUAAAAUGAUAUAUUGUGUUAAUAUUUACAUCCAGAAAUAAAAAGACUAUUUUAGAGACAACUCAUGUACGGUUAUUAUUUUUUUAAAUAAGGAAAAUCAAAUUAGGUUCAAAAUUUAUCAUAGCAUUGAAAAAUUAAACAUAAUAUAACACAAACCCUUGGGUUCAGGACUUAAGUGAAGUUUGAAUAUACUUAACUUAAGGAUUUACAGGGUUUACAUUUUAUACCAGUGUUUUUCAAAUUCUACCAAAUUACGAGUUGGUUUUUGUGUAACUGUAACGCAGGGGUUCUCAAAAUCUGGGUCGGGACCCUGAGAUGGAUCGUGGGAGACCCAAAAAGGGGUCUCCAAAAAGACUGUUGUUGAAUUUUCCUAAACUUUUAUUAAUGUGAAGGCUUUUCAGUAAGUUUUAUUUUUAAUAGUUUAUUUGUAAAAAGUGACGUCCUGGAACACUGACACUGGUAUAAUGUUUAUGACUUUUUAUAACAAUUGAAUUAGCCCCAAAUACGGCUAUACGUUUUUUAUGUCAUAUAUACAUGAAUACUGCCAAUUCAUUUGAGGUCACGUUUGCUUUUAUUUUUGUACAUGCAAGAGAAAAACAUGGUCUUUUAUUUAAAAAAUAAAUGAUGAUAAUAAAAAAAGCUGUAAUUUUUGGUUCAUGUUCAUAUUAAUCUUUAAUAACGGUUAAUGUUAAAUAUGAAAACCAAUAUACAGUAUAUAGUAGGCACCACAUCCAGAUGCAUUAAAACUGUAAAUGUUAAUUCUUUAAUAAUAAUAUUACAGUAAAAUUACACAUACUCAGUGUAGUUCUGUUAAAAAGGUCUGCUGUACUUUUUUUUAAAUUAUACUUUAUAUUCAUGUCAAUAUUUCUGCACUUUCACUUUAGUAAAUAUGACUUUAAACUGCAAUAAUGUUGUUGUUUUUAGAUGAUUUCUUUUUUACUGUUUCUGCUCGUACAAAUGCCAAGUUUAACAUAAACAGCCCUCGAGCUAAUCCUGCUUUUCCACUACAUGGUCCCUCCCACCUCGCCACCUCCUCCACGUGGGCGGAGUCAUCACAGCACGACUGCGUGAAACUGUGAUGACGUGGUUUUCUCCGCAGUUGUUUUGGGUGAAAGUGAAUCAUUAGUUCAGAUUUGUUGACAGAAUGGUUGAGGUCCUCUGUGAAAAGACAUUUGCUUUGCUAAAUGUUGGAGAUGAACGCAUUUUUAAGUCUUUUUCACUUUGAUCUACAGUGGUACAUUGUUGCCUCUGACAUCGCGCUCAUGAAUCUUCUCUGACCAAUCAGUGACCUUCAGUCUGAUGACUUCACAGUUUUUCGCUCCUUAAACUGAAAUAAUCGCAGAGGUUUGAGGAGAAAAGAUUCUUCCAGCAUCAGCUUAAACUUUGAACUUUAUCACCGCGACCAAAGUGCAAACAUUCCGACACAUUUCCCGAUGUUUUCAGUCGAUCCGUGCUCUGAUACUGAGAACUGUCUGUACUUCUGUCUGAAUCGUCAAUAAAUAUAAAAAAAAUCA